AUGGCUACUAUCAAAUUGAACUCGGGCUACGAAAUGCCACAGGUUGGCUUCGGCUGCUGGAAAGUCAACAACGACACCUGCGCAGACCAAAUCUACAACGCUAUCAAGGUUGGUUACAGACUCUUUGACGGAGCUGAGGACUACGGCAACGAAAAAGAGGUUGGAGAUGGUAUCAAGAGAGCUAUUGACGAAGGAUUGGUUGCACGUGACGAGUUGUUCGUUGUUUCCAAGCUUUGGAACAACUUCCACCACCCAGACAAUGUGGAGAAGGCCUUGGACAGAACUUUGAGUGACUUGAAGGUGGAUUACUUGGACUUGUUCCUCAUCCACUUUCCUAUUGCUUUCAAGUUUGUUCCUUUUGACGAGAAGUACCCUCCAGGAUUCUACUGUGGUGACGGUGACAAAUUCAUCUACGAGGAUGUCCCAUUGCUUAGCACCUGGAAGAAGUUGGAGGAGAUGGUUAAGAAGGGUAAGGUCAGAUCCAUUGGUAUCUCGAACUUCUGUGGAGGUUUGAUCCAGGACUUGUUGCGUGGAGCUGAGAUUCCUCCUGCUGUUUUGCAGAUUGAGCACCACCCAUACUUGCAGCAGCCAAGAUUGGUCAAGUGGGUUCAGAGCAAAGGCAUUGCUAUCACCGCAUACUCGUCUUUCGGUCCUCAGUCAUUUGUGGAGUUGGACCACCCUAAGGUGGAUAACUGUGUGACUUUGUUCAAGCACGAAGACAUUGUUUCCAUUGCUGAAAACCAUAAGAAGAGCACAGCACAGGUGUUGUUGAGAUGGGCCACUCAGAGAGGUCUUGCUGUCAUUCCAAAGUCCAACCAGACCGAGCGUUUGGUGGCCAACUUGACUGUUAACGACUUUGACCUUACAAAUGAGGAGAUUGAGACCAUCUCCAAGUUGGAUGUUGGUUUGCGUUUCAACGAUCCAUGGGACUGGGACGAAAUCCCAACCUUUGUCUAG